CUGAUUUGUUAUAUUGUGGACUUACAGAAGUAUCUCCUAUUGAUGCUCAAAAAAAAAAAAAAAAAACACUUGCAGCAAGGGUAAAGAAUAUCAACUUUUAACAGUUAUUAUAAUUUGUAAAGUCUAACUAUUGUCAUACAGUAAACUGUCAGGACAUUGUGAGUAAAUAAUAUAUGACUAAGAUAUUAGAGUUGUUUUACCUAAAUUUCUAUGUAGAACUUUGAAACAUGAUAACCUGAAACAUUUUGGUGGGACAUUUAUUCCUGCUCCCCAACCAUUUAGCACUCUUUCCGUUGGGGUCGGCACUAACCUGUUUUAUGUUUUAAAUGCAUAAAAGAACCACAUAAAUUUGUUUAUUGCAUCAAGGCUUUUUGACUUUGUCAGGAACAUCUAUUUUCAACAAAAUAAAACAAAAAAUUAUUUUUACUAAAUUCUAAAAUACCCUGGUUGAAACUGUGACCUUUGUGUUAGGGUCAGUUUUGACCGAGUAAUAAAAAUAAGAUUACAAAGCAAUAAUUAGAGCCAAAACUGAAAUCAUGAAUGAAUAAAUGAUUUAUUUAUUUUUAAAAUGGGAUAAUUCAUAUUAAUGAACAUUUACAAGUAAAUAUAAGACAUUAUAGCCAUACAGCUAAUUUCUAUCUCAAGUCCCAUUGGCAGGUAAAACAAAAUAAAAAAAAUAAUAAAAAAACAGCUUACAGAUAACAUAAUACCAUAACUUAAGUAAGAUAUAAAAAAAUAAAACCAAGCAACAACACACAGUGCACACAGACAAAAUGGGGACCAAGGAAGCCACCGAGCAAAAACUGAUUAAAGUUCGCUCAUGAAUUAUAUUAUAAAUAUCCCAUUGUCGCUAUUACACUUGAUUAUAUUAUAAAUAUCCCAUUGUUGCUCAUAUUGUUGCUCAUAUGUGCACUGUGAGCCAACACACUGACAGCCAGCUCCUCUCCCAAUCAUGUGAGCUUUAGGGGAUUCUCAUUUUGCCUUGUUAUCCAGUAUACCUGUACAAAACCAAACAAACAAAGACGGGCAUGUCCAGACAUGUGGGGUCAAUUCAGUACAGAGUUGGGGACUUGCAGAGUGCACAUCUCCAAUCUGCAGCAUGCAAAAAUGAAAAGAAGAUUUUCAGGGAGAGGAGCUCUGGAUUAUAUUUUUGGUGAAAAUGAGGGAGAGGACACAGAGCGGCAUAGCGAUAUGGAUGAGCAGGUUUCUGAGGAGGAAGACAAUACGGAUUAUCAUCUAGAAGACACCGACACAUCUAAUGAGUCUGAUGAGGAGGUCAUCGGUGGUGAAGCUGCUCCCGCUGAAAGAUUCAAGUCUAAAAAUGGUAAGAUCUUUUGGAGCUCAGUACCUCAUGAUGUACACGGCAGGGAAGCUGCUGCAAGUGUCAUCAAAAUGACCCCUGGAAUCACAAGGUUUGCUGUGACAAGAGUCAGGGACAUCAAAACAUGUUUCGAGCUAUUUAUGCCAUUAUCACUAAAAAGAGUCAUCAUUGCUAUGACAAACCUUGAAGGAAGAAAAGUCCAUGGCGACAUGUGGAAAGACAUGGAUGAGGAAUACCUGGAUGCUUAUAUUGGUGUUCUUCUUCUUGCUGGAGUGUACAGAUCCUGCAAUGAGGCCACUGAUAGUCUCUGGGACGCAUCAACAGGCAGAAAUAUUUUCCGGGUGACAAUGUCACUUCAGACCUUUCAAAUGAUAUCAAGAGUCCUCAGAUUUGACAACAGAGAUACCAGAGCAAGAUCUGACAAGCUUGCCCCCAUCAGGGAUGUUUGGGACAGAUGGGUGCAGCUCCUUCCACUGAUGUUCAACCCCGGGCCAGAGGUGACAGUGGAUAAACGUCUUGUCCCUUUCCGGGGAAAAUGCCCCUUCCGGCAAUACAUACCCAGUAAGCCAUGCAAGUACGGCAUAAAAAUCUGGGCAGUCUGUGAUGCAAAAACCAGCUAUGCCUGGAAUCUACAGAUCUACACAGGCAAAGCUGCGAAUGGCAUCCCUGAGGAAAACCAAGGAAAACGUGUGGUCCUCGAUAUGACUACUGGACUGCAGGGUCACAAUAUUACUUGUGACAAUUUCUUUACCAGCUAUGACCUUGGACAAGAACUUCUGAGGAGGAAGCUUACCAUGGUGGGCACAGUGAAGAAAAAUAAACCUGAGCUGCCUGCUGAAAUCCUGCAAGUGAAGGACAGGGCUCCACUUUCUUCAAAGUUUGCUUUUACAGAUACCACCACUGUUGUCUCAUAUUGUCCAAAAAAAACCAAGAAUGUGAUACUUAUGUCUACUCUUCACAAAGAUGCAGCUGUGUCAUCAGGAAGUGACAAAAAGCCCACAAUUAUCCUUGACUACAACAAAAACAAAGGAGGGGUGGACAACCUGGACAACCUGACCGCCACCUACACUUGCCAGCGAAUGACCAGGAGAUGGCCAGUGAUUGUGUUUUACAACAUCCUUGAUGUGUCUGCAUAUAAUGCCUUUGUUUUGUGGACCCACAUCCACCAAGGGUGGAACUCAACCAAACAAAACAAGCGGAGAAUGUUUCUUGAGGAGCUGGGAAAUUCCCUUGUCAAACCACACAUUGAGCGAAGGGAGCGGGUCCCCCGAGACCCAGACGCCGCAGCCUUGGUCAGACAGCUGCAGAGCUCAAGUAGCACUCUGUCCACGCCAUCAACAAUGCAAAGAGCAUCCACGCCAGCAUCCUCCUCAGCCAGCCCUGCCUCAACAUCAACCAGAACAGCAACAGCCACAACCCGCCUCAAGCCACCUGAUUCUAAAAGAAAGAGGUGUCAGGUCUGCCCAAGCAGUAAGGACAGAAAGACAAACGUAUUGUGCUUCAACUGCAAGAAAUAUCUCUGCAAAGAACACACUAAAAGUGUCACUUUUUGCCACACAUGCAUCUAAACACACACAUACACAUGCAUGUUCUUGCACACAGAGACUUUUACUCUUUUAGUUUUGUACCAGUUUUGGAACUAAUAAUUGAUUUCUAUUGGUUUGAUUUGCUUGAUUGGUUGUUGUUUGUGUGACCUUGCAAAUCGAUAUUUUGUAUUAUGAGUUGUUCUGCUUUUCAUUUUGUGUUUGUAUU